AUGGAGCCCACCAACCCCAUCAUUGCCACCCGUGGGGAGAAUUACAAUCACUAUGCAUGCAGAGCUGCCACCCUGACCCCAUUCCUGAUACCACCUCAGGAAAGUAACAUCGAGGUGCAGCUUCUGGGGAAGGAUGUGGGCGAGUCCAGCCCUGGCCAGAACUGGACUGUGAGGCCCUUCAGCGUCUCCCGUCCGGGACCUGUGGCCGCUGAUGGGGCCCCCAAACACCUGCGGUCAUCCUGCCCUCAGAAGCUGCCGCAUCCGAAGGGCUCACAGGAGGACCGUGCGGAAGGAGGAGUUCUGGGCACUGUGGCCAAACAGACCCUCCUCCCCUGGCUCCGCCCUCACCGAGCGCCCGACUCUCCUCUCCGCCCGCAGCGCGCAAAGACCGGCGGCAGCAGCCGGUGGCCCGGGGCAGAGGCGCGCGCGGGGAGCCGGGGCGCAGAGAGGGUCCCAAGAGCCAAUGAAGAGGACGCGGGACCCCUGAGGCCUCCUGUCCCGCUGGCCAUGCUCACCUUGACAUUCCCCCUCUCGGUGCCCCAGAUGCUCUGGACCAUCCUCCUGACCGCCUCCCUGAGUGCUCAGAAUGGAAGAGCCGGGGACCUUCCCUGCGGAGCCAGAUGUGCACACCUGGCCCAGAACCCCGAGGACGGUGAGGCGGCUGCAGGCCUGGCCGAGACUCAGCAACACUCACAAUGGGACAACCCCAUCUGCACCGAAGGAGUGGUUUCUGUGUCCAGAGGGGAGCGUGCUGUGAUGGCCUGCAACAUCUCCAACCCCUUCCUCAGCGUGGCCAUCUACCUGAGCUCCCAUGGGAAGAGCUUCGAGCCUGUCUUCAGCAUGCGGCCCCCAGGAUGCUUCUGCCAGGGAGGGUGGCGGCUCCAGGUUCAGGGAAGCAUGGCACAGCUGGUGAUCGAUGAUGUGAGCCACACCCAGGCAGGGUGCUACAGGUGGUAUCUGCAAGGUCUGCAGAGAAAUAUCAGAGUCACCACACUGAACGUUUCAGGCACCACACCCCCCACCCAGUUCCUGAGCUGUGGGGUGGCUGAGAAUGGUGCCCCCAGCCUGGCCAGGCCCGGGGAAGGGACCCAGCGAGCCCUCUGUGGACUCCUGGUACCCUGGUCUCAUCUGACACCUGGUCUCACCUGCAUCAGGGGCAGAGUCCCAAGACCUGAAGGUGGACGCCCGCUCUUCACACAUCCCUGCAGCCCAGAGACACCAUGCCCACCCAAGGCCAGAGACCAGUUCAGGGUGGCCCCUGUGGUCGUCAGCAUCAUUGCCGGCCUCAUUUUCCUGGUGGUCAUUGUGUUAUCCUGCACCAGAGGCAGAGUUCCCCUGCCCUCCCCCUGCCGGAAGUGCUCAGGGCCCCAGACGAGAUGCCUCUGAGCUGGGAGAUGGAGGGCCUAGGAGGAGAGUGAUAAACAGGCCUGAAACCCAGAACCGACUCCAGGAGUCCUGCCCCACUCUGAGGCCACCAGCACCCGUACUCACCCCCCAGGAGUGGAGCCCGGUGUGUCCCACCUCCAUCUGGUU